AUGUACCUCACAGUGCUUGAUGAAUCUAUGGCUUGCGUUUUGGGUCAACACGAUGACACAGGCAAGAAAGAACAUGCUAUCUACUAUCUCAGCAAUAAAUUCACUGAAUGUGAGACCCGAUACUCACUUUUAGAGAAGACUUGGUGUGCUUUGACUUGGGAUGCUCGACGCCUGAGACAAUAUAUGAUUUGCGACACUAUUUUAUUGAUAUCCAAGAUGGAUCCGAUAAAGUAUAUAUUCGAAAAGCCUGCUGUUACUCGUAGAAUUUCCCGGUGGAAAAUGUUGCUAACCGAGUAUGAUAUACAAUAUGUGACCCAGAAAGCAAUAAAAAGAAGUGUUUUGUAUGACUAUCUCGCUCACCUUCCUAUCGAAGGUUAUCAACCGUUGAGGUUUGACUUCCCAGAUGAAGACAUCAUGUUUAUCAUAGACUUUACUAUGCCAGGCUUCGAGGUAAGCCCUGAGGAAGGCCCCGAACCAGGAUCGCGAUGGACGCUCGUGUUUGACGGUGCUUUCGAUGCCCGAGGUCACGACAUAGGUGUUGUUAUCACCUCUCUAACUGGUUUCUACAUUCCCUUUACCACUAGACUGUGUUUUGACUGCACCAACAACAUGGCAAAAUAUGAAGCAUGUAUCUACGGUUUAGAGGCGGCAAUUGACUUGAGAAUCAAAAUACUUGAGGUAUUCAGUGAUUCAGCUUUGGUGAUCAUUCAGGUGAAAGGCGAUUGGGAGACUUGGGAUAGCACGUUGGUACCCUACAAAGAGCACAUCAGAAAACUGAUACCCUAUUUUGAUGAAAUCUCCUUUCACCAUAUUUCUAGGGAAGAAAAUCAGUUAGCAUACACCCUAGCCACGCUAGCAUCUAUGUUCAAAGUCAAAUGGAAGAAUGAAGCACCAUCUAUCCAGAUUGACCACUUAGAUGAACCAUCACAUUGUCUAACAAUUGAGGCUGACCCUGACGACAAGCCUUGGUUCUAUGACAUUAAAACAUUUCUGGAAAAGUAG